CAAAACGAAAGUACGAAAGCUUUGUUUUGUUAUCAAUUCCGGGAACGAAUCGAUUGGACAGUUAGUCACAUAAUGCCUCUACCUUCCUGUGAAAGGGAUUUUGAAGAAGGAAAAAAUUGAGUGUUCGAAUCUUGUCCGAAAGGAGAUGGAUACCAGAAAGCCACCUGAUCCUGCAGCUGGGAUGGCUGAACAUCUGAAGGAUGCCACUGAUGGAGCAGACCUGCCCUCAGAUGGGCAUAUAUCAGGAGUGGAUGACAUCAAAGCUGAUCCUGCUUCCACUAAUACUCAACUGCCACCACGGACACAGACAGGGCCUCAGAGGCCAUAUCAGCAAGGCUUUACAGGUCAUCCUUACUCAGGUCAGCCGGGUCAAGGGCCUGGUCCAGGACAGCCUCAGGACAGUGGACAACACCCCAGUGUACAAGGACAUGGACAGACGGGUCAACAGGUGCCCUCAUAUCCUUAUCCAGGUCAGCAAGGACAGUGGCCUGGUCAAGGACAGCCUUACUAUCCACAUCCGCAGGGAUCAUAUCCCAACCCACAACAAGGAGGGCAGAUUUCAUACCCCCAAACACCUUAUUAUGAUCCUAGGUUUGGCUAUUAUGAUUACAGAUAUGGUGGGUAUGUUAAUCCACAAACUGGUGCUAUCUUCCAAUGUCCUGCCCCUUAUGGUCAGCAUCAGUACCCCCAUCCUGAUGGCAGCCAGCAGCAGCAGCAUCCGAACCUCUCCCAGCACGGUGAUGAGACCCCUGGACAGACAGGCCAACAACCUGCACCACCCAGAAAUGAUCAGAGGACACAGAAUGACCCAACCUCCACUGAAACUUCCCAAGCAGAUUCUCCAGCUGGAAGAGAUAUUUCACCAGGGCCGCACUCCACUGGCUCAUACUCCGUACAACCGCCGGUUUACCCAGGACAGCAAGAUGGACACUCCUAUCCUGCUUAUCCUGGAUUUCCUCAGUACCCACCAGAACCACCCCCUCCUUAUAAUGGACAUCAGGGAAUCAUGCUGAAACUGGAGCAGGAUCAGUAUGACAUGGAAAAGAAGAUUGCCAUCAAAGAUGCAGUGUCAGCAGCCGAACCUGACAGGACUGGGACAGAUGAGGGCGUGGUCACGGACCCUGCGGAAACAGGCGAUAAAGCAAGGAACCCCGAUCGGGAUUGGUCAACUGAAGGUGCUGACACAACAGAAAUCACUCCAUGUUACAAAAUUGAAGUGAAAGGACUACCUGCCUCCCUCAGCAAUGACAGCAUCAGUCUGUACUUCGAGAACCGGCGCAGAUCGGGAGGGGGGCCUGUUGUCAAUGUGAUGAACAGAGAAGAUGGAACAGCCGUGGUGGAGUUUGCACGUCCAGAUGCUGUGGAGGGAGUGUUGAAGAAGGUGACACACACAAUAUCGGACACACAUAUUCAAGUGAGUCGAUACCCACCAGAGAUGCUACAGUCUGAGGUCUCCAUAACAUGUGAUGAAGCUCCUGAGCCAACACCAGACACAGUUGUCACCCUGUACAAACCCAAGCCAACAACGCCACCCCCUGAAGAAGAAGUUCCUCUUGUCUCACCAGACACGAUUAUAGUGACAGGCUGUGGAGGAAUCUCUGAUGAAUUCCUGGAGAUGUACUUUGAGAGCAGAAAGAAGAGUGGAGGAGGAGAAGUGAAAUCUAUGGAGAGAAGAGAGGAGGAUGUGGUCCUUGUUACAUUUGAGGACCCUGAAGAUGCCAAGAGAGUGUUAGAGAAAGGAUCUCACAAGAUUGAAGGGAUGGAUGUUAAAGUCACCCUGUACAAACCCAAGCCACCAACGCCACCCCCUGAAGAAGAAGAAGUUCCUCUUGUCUCACCAGACACGAUUAUAGUGACAGGCUGUGGAGGAUUCUCUGAUGAAUUCCUGGAGAUGUACUUUGAGAGCAGGAAGAAGAGUGGAGGAGGAGAAGUGAAAUCCAUGGAGAGAAUAGAGGAGGGUGUGGUCCUUGUCACAUUUGAGGACCCUGAAGAUGUCGAGAGAGUGUUAGAGAAGGGAUCUCACAAAAUACAAAGAAAGGAUGUUGACGUCUCCCGGUACAAACCCAGGCCACCAACGCCACCACCUGUUGUCUCACCAGACACAAUAGUAGUGACAGGAUGCAAAGAUAUGUCUGAUGAAUUCCUGGAGAUGUACUUUGAGAGCACGAAGAAGAGUGGAGGAGGAAACGUGAAAUCCAUUGAGAGAAUAGAUGAGGAUGUGGUCCUUGUCACAUUUGAGGACCCUGAAGAUGUGGAAGCUGUGCUUCAGAGGAGUCACCAGAUACAAGAAGUCUCUCUCCAGGUUUCCCAGUACACUCUUCCCUCGCGAUCAGCUCGCCACCGGAAACGGGCAGCAACUGAAGAACUGUACCUUACUGCAGAAGAAGAUGAUGAGCCGGAUGAUGAUGUAGAAGAUGACAGUGUCUUUGUUCUCCUUUUGGAAGGGUUGGCAAAUACUGUGAGUGAAGACACUUUGACACUCUAUUUUGAAAACAGGCGACGAAGCGGAGGAGGAGAGGUGGAUAUUGUGGAGAUUGACAGAGACUCAGCAACAGCUCUUAUCUACUUUGCGGAAGGUGAUGCCGUAGAGAGGGUUCUACAGAAAGCUCCUCACCUACUAGAUCGAAAAAAGAUUGAAGUCUCUGAAUAUCUCCCUUCCAAACAGCCAGGUUUGGUUACCAUGGAUACUGUCUUGAAAGGAAAGAAAGAAGGAACAGUUUUGAAAGUUGAGAAAUAUGGAUUGAAGACAAAUGAUGAAGUACUGACCAUGUACUUCGAGAACAAGAAGAGGAGUGGGGGGUCUGAAGUGAGGGAGAUCAUUCCAGAUGUACAAGAAAAUGCAAAAUAUAUUGUUUUUGAAACUCCUGAAGAAGCAAAAGCUGUUGUUGCCAAGCGACACCACACUGUGGAUGGGCACAAGCUGCUGGUGAGUCUGUACAGACCCCCCACCCCUCCUCCCCCACGGCCGCAGUAUCAUGACAGAUUCUUCAUCACCGGACUCCGAGAGAAGACCACUAAAAAGACUUUGAUGAAGUUCCUGAAGCAUAAACUGGCCUGUCAUCCCAAGGAUCUUGUGUACGGGGAGGAACCUGGAUCUGUUCUUGUUAAUAUAGAUCCACAAAAAGGUCCUUUGAAACUGAAGAAGAUGCAGCGUGUGUGCCGGAAGCAUCCCCUGGAAGGGGCGUUCCUGGAGCUGUCUGCAGUGUCAGUCUCCAACUGUAUCCAAGUCUGUGGCAUCACGGCGAGGACAUCCACAGACACUCUACAAUACUACUUUGAAAGUAAAAAGUCAGGGAAUACCAUAGAAAGUCUUGUGGAAAAGGUGGACAUUGUUGAGGAACCAAGACAAGCAAUUGUCUUCUUUGAAAAUCAUAAAGUGAUACCAGAUAUUUUGGGCAGAUCCCACAAGUUAGAAGGUGUGGCCCUCACAGUAUCCCUGUACACCGAAUGCCUGGGUUCUGGAGGGGGACACAGCGACCCCACAUGGUUCACAUUGCCACCUCCUGUAACUUUUCAAGAUAUUGACAGAAACAAAAUGCACUUCAUCAGAGAUUCCAGUCCAAAUAUGAAAAAUCUACGAAAGCAGUUGCAAGAUGGCCACACUGAUCUGAAAUUUGAGUCAGAUGGCUCUGUGACCCUUGAAUGCUGCCUUACAAAAAAUGUGCCUGAUGCAAGAAGCAAGGUUAAGUCUUGGAAGAAAGAUGCAACUGAGGAUUUGGAGCAUUUCUUGGGUCUCCUGAUCAGUGAGGAGGUGAAUGUGUUGCAAGAAAUUUGGAAUAGUGUCAUGACGGAGAUAAAGGGUUUGAAAAUGCCAAAGCCAGAUGCAGCAACUUUGUUUGUCUUUGAUGAGUCUCAUCUGAUAGUUGUGGUUGGCCAUAAAAUGUUAGCAGAAAAACUGUCAAAACAGGUGAAGGAGGUGGUAGCCUCGGUGGAGGGAGAUCAUGAGCGGAAGAAGAAGGAAAUCACUGAAACAGUGUCAAGUCUGAAGUCAUGGCAGUUACACCUACUGCUUGCUCUUGGGUUCCCAGGUGAUAUGAUGAAGAAAUAUGAACACCUGAAGGUGGAAAUUAAUGUGACCAAGAAUGUGAUGAUAAUCACCGGCUUGAUGUCUGUUGUAAAAUCUGCAAAGGUUGACAUGUAUGAAGCCAUGCAAAACUUCAAGGAGACAGCGUUAUCAAAUCUGUCUGAUGCCCAGAUGAUGCUUGUUCAGAAGCCUGAUGUCAGGGAUUACAUUGUGAAGAAGCUGAAGCUGAAACAUCUGGUUGGUGUCUGGGAGGCAGACAAUGGUAAACUGAAAGUGUAUGGGAGGACAGACACUGAAGUGACAGAGGUAUCGCACAUUGUGAGACAGAGUGUGGUCCAGCAGGUGGUGGACCUGGACCCUGAAUCUGUCCCACUCUUGGCCUCUCCAGACUGGAAGAGGAUCUAUGAUACCCAGACACAGAACAGAGGGGACACUGUGAAGAUCAUCACAGCAGUGGAUGAGUCUCGUAUUGUCAUAGCUGCUAUAGAUGAACUGGUAGCUGAGGUGGCAGAAGAGGUGAACAACUUCAUCACAGAAAAGACAGUGUAUAGCGACACUGUUCAGUUCCCACGGGGAAUCCAGCGGUUCAUGACAAUGCACAUGGAUGGGAAGAUCACAGGACUUUCAAAAACGUUUGAGGCACACUCUGUUGAGAUAAAAUUUCAAAAGUCAUCACAUGAUUUUACAGUAAAAGGAACCAAAGUUGGGUUAAGAAUUUGCAUGUCAAAAUUGGAGGAACUUUCAAAGAUUGUGGUGCACACUAGCAAUACAUUUCGCAAACCAGGGAUUUGUAAGCUGAUCCUGUCUGACAAAGGUGAUAGUCAUAUCAGAAAUAUUGAGCAAAAUGAAAGGUGCGUGAUAGAGCGAAACUAUGAUGAUCAAGUGCAGCCAAUUUAUGGCAACAAAAGACAGCAGAGAAACAUGAGAAGUUCAGGAGGAGGGCUCCAGACCUUGGCAACAUGUGACCUUGGGGCAGGCCGAACGCUGUAUGUAUGUCAAGGUGACAUUACUCAAAUGAAAGUGGAUGUCAUAGUGAAUGCAGCCAAUCAGCAACUGGCACACAUCGGCGGACUCGCAAAGGCUAUUGUAGACAAAGGAGGACAUUCUAUUCAGGUAGAAAGCGACGAGAUAAGACGGAGUCAGGGUGACAUUGGUGUUGGAGAAGUAGCGGUCACCAAGCCAGGCAACCUGCCCUGCAAGAUUGUCGUCCAUGCUGUAGGGCCUAUAUGGUCUGGAGGGAGGAACGACGAGCAGGGUCUUCUUCAAGAAGCUAUAUUUAACAGCCUUGAGAAAGCUGAUGGCCGUAGACUUUCGUCCAUUGCCAUCCCUGCUUUGAGCACAGGUAUUUAUAAAUACCCUGUUGCAGCAGCUACCAAAAAUAUCAUCGAAGCAAUACAGCAACAUUUCAAAGACACUCCGAGGAGUCAGGUGAGGGACGUCUAUGUGUGCGACAACAAAGCAUCCACAGUCCAGGAGUUCAUGCAAGCUGUGAAACAAAGGUUUGGAGCAGAUAGUGUAACUGCAGGAAACAGAGGUGAAUCUGUAGAAGAUGAUCGGGAUGAAGACAGACAUGUUCAAGCAAAGGGCCGAAGACACAGACAAGGGGCACAAGGAUCUUUUCCACCGGAUCCUUCUCCUCCACGUGGAAGAGCAGCACACAGCAUGUCCAGGAUAAGGAUGAGUGUUGUCCCCGGAGAGAUAGCUGCGGAACAGGUUGAUGUUAUCGUGAACACCACUUCAAGUAGUCUUGAUCUAAGUAAGGGGGCAGUUUCCAUGUCAAUACUGAAGGCUGGUGGCAACAUGAUUCAGCAGGAGUGUACUGCCAAAUAUCCAGAUAGAAUCAAACGUGGACAGAUUGCCAUCACUGGCGCCGGCAACCUCAUGUGCCAGCGUAUAUUUCACACCUGCCUACCGAGCUGGCCACAUGAUCAGAACGGUGAAAUGAUUCUGCAAACUUUAGUUGCAAACUGCCUUAAAAAAGCUACAGAAAAAGGCUACAGAUCCAUUGCUUUCCCUGCACUGGGUACUGGUAACCUGGGAUACCCACGAGAUGUGGUGGCCAAAACCAUGAUGGAGACGGUGGAAGAGUUCGGACAGGACAACCCCGGAACAUCACUCCAGGAGGUGAAGAUAGUUGUGUACCACAAUGAUACACCGACAAUAAAGGCUUUUGAAUACCAGAAGGGGCAAGCCAUUGGUGGUGCUAGUGGGCACACGCAACGCAGCAGUCGCAGGAGUCAAAGAAACUUUGGCCAAAUGAAUCAAACACAACAUAGAACAUCCGCAGGUUCAACAGAAGAAGACGGCUGGCAGCUUAUCACUACAACAGAUUUGACUCAAGUUUAUCAGCUGGGCAAGGUGAAGCUGACCAUUAAACAAGGUGAUUUGUUGAAGGAGAAGGCCAGUUGUAUUGUCAACAGCACCAACACUGAUCUCAACCUGAAAAUCGGUGCAGUGUCCCAGUCUAUAAUGAAACAAGGUGGAGAAAAUCUUCAUGUUGAACUUAGCCUCAAAGCCAGUGAAAUGAAAAGUAAAGGAACUGUUACAACGACAGCAGGAGGUCUCAAAGCAGACUACAUUAUUCAUGUCUCUGGAGAUUAUUUUAAGCACGACUGGAAAAAAGUCAUUUCAAAAUGUCUUAAAGAAGCUGGAACUCUACCUGGUGUGUGGUCAAUAGCAUUCCCAGCCCUUGGAACAGGUCAGGGCAAUAUGACACCAGAACAGAUGGCCACAUGCCUGAUUGAAGCUGUGAAGGACUACCAGAGCUCUCCUCAAAAACAUGGAAUGAUAUCAGAUAUUCGAAUGGUGAUUUUCCAGAAAGAUAUGCUUGACCCAUUCAUUGCAGGAGUUAGCAAGGCUCUAUCUACCAAAAAGAAAGGAAAGCUCCAAAAAAUUUACGAUUUUGUCUUGGGGGGAUCUGAUGAUCAGACUGGCCAUGUCACACAGCCAACAGUUCAGCCGGUGAAUGAUGUCACCCUCUACUUCUUCUCGGAUGACAUCAAACAUAUUGAACAAGCAAAAUCUAUGUUAGAAACCGAGUACCAAAAUAAUAUGAUGACAAGGCCAAUAUCCGAUGAAGCACUCAAGACGUUGACUAAACAGCAGGAAGCAAACAUUCAAGAUCUAGGAUCCAAGUUUGGCAUCUCUGUUGACUACAGCCGCUCAUCAGGAAGAGUUAGACUUCAGGGCUUGACAAAUGAUGUCAUCGCAGCCAUGGAGGCAGUACACAAGAUUGUACAGGAUGCUCUUCGACAGGAACAGCUGUCUGAUAAGGCCGAGAUGCUGUCAUCCUAUGUUCAGUGGUCAUACAUUGAUGUAGAUAGAGCAGGCUCACACACAACAGUGGAAUAUGAAAAGAUCAUCAAUCAACAAAUUGAAGAAGCCUAUCAGAGCAAGAAGUCUUCUGUAUCUCUGCCGCCUGACACUAAUGGAGACAUUUACAUUGUUGAUUUAACCAGAAUGGAAGAAUAUAAUUCAGAUUAUCCCAGUGAUAGAGUCUCUGUCAUCAGAAGAGAUCUAAUCAAAGGUGCAUCAUUUGAGGCUCCUGCCAACUGGACCACAAUGACAAAAGAAAGUGAAAUGGUUCCAGUUAACAAUCCCUCUCAAGAGUACACAGAUGUUGAGCAGAGUUUUGUGAGCAGCCUUGGAAGAUAUCCCACCAUCUUGAAGAUUGAGCGGGUACAGACUAAGUUCCUGUGGCAGCAGUAUGUUGCAAAGAAACAACAGUUGGAAAAACAGAACCCAGGACAUCAGAAUGAGACAGUGUUGUGGCAUGGGACAGCUGUGGAUGCCAUUCCCAGUAUCUAUAAAGGUGGCUUUAAUCGCAGCUACUGUGGAAAGAAUGCCACCGCAGUAGGAGAAGGUGUAUACUUCGCAGUUCAAGCUGCUUAUUCAGACAGAAAUACCUACGCCGUGCCAGACAGACAGGGUCACAAGCACAUGUUUCAAGCCCGGGUGCUCACAGGGAUGUACUGUCGAGGACAAGGUGGGAUGAGAGUCCCGCCACAAAGAGAUGCUGCCAAUCACAUACAGUUUGAUUCUGUGGUUGACAAUGUCAGUGGACCUGGAAUGUACAUAAUCUUUAAUGACACCCAGGCCUAUCCAGAAUACCUUAUCACUUAUGCAUGAAUUCAAUGACCUUUUAUAUUCUUUCAAUGUAUUUAAGCAGUAUUUGUGUUAACUUGCCUCAGUGAGGCACGAGGUAGGCUCAUUCAUGAUAUAGGUUAAGAUGGUGUAAUUAUUGUCUUGUGUGAAUUACAUAGUUUCUCAUCUUUCUUAGGCAAGGGAGUUAACUGUCUGAGAAAGUCAAGUUUCCAGCCUUGCCAAAAUAGGCUGGAAUUUCAGAGUUACAUUUUGACUUGACUAACAAGUCUAUGCAUAGUCCCAUCAAAGUCAUGCAAUGAACUAGACAUCCGGUUCAUAAACAACAUGGAUUUCAAAGUGCAGAUUUCCGUUGAAUGAAGGAUUCGCUAAGCAUGUGUACUGGUUGUCGACUGAUAAUUUCAAAAUCUCCUCAUGUUUUUCAUGAAGGUGCUCAAAUGAUUUGAUGCACUUCGCAGGGUUAAUCCUGUUUUAUUACAAUAUAGAUCUUGAUUAUCGAUCAGAUCAUUUUGACUGGGCCACGCUAUUUUGUUUCAAGCAAAUGCAAGUGAUGUGAGAGUGGAAUCUGAUUGGCCAAUAGGAGGGACGUCGAAGGGACAUAACUUGUAAUAGCCACUGGUGGGGCUACCAUGAAGCCAUGAAAUUCAAGCUUAGUUCGGCAAGGGUGGAAACUGGACUUUUACAGUCAGUUAACACCCUUGCCUCAGGAAGAUGAUAGUUUCAAUGUAGUUAGGGUAAUCAUUUGUCAGUUAGGAUUGUUCUUGUGAUCAUAUUAUAUUGAAGAUACCAGAUGGCUUUGUAAAGCAACCUAAUUUGCAAGGAUUGUAAAUUGGUAAGACUGUAACCUGACUUAAGAAUUGUUUGUGUUUGCAUGUUCCCAGAUUUACAGAAUUAGUAUCCAUAUUGUUGUUCUUUAUUAACUGGCGGCGCCAUGUGGAUUCUUGAUUAGAAUUGGUCCCCAUCAGCUAGGCUUCUUGUAUGGAGCAAGUAAAAGCCAGGCUCUGUGACUGGAUUGUGUGUCCUGGUUCCUUGACAGCGUGGAAUGGUGCUCACGAUAUAUUCAUCAUGCUCAUCACUGUUCUAGACUCAGUUACUUGGAGGCCGUCACCAUACACCGAGCUUGACAAUUGCUGAGUGCAGCGUUAAACACCAAACAGACAUCAGUUUGUGUAUAAGUUUUAGUAAUUGUGAACUUUUAUCCCAAAUUAAAUAUACUCUUGAAUAUCUGUGCACAUGCAAAAUCAAGCAAUGAUUUCAGUGAAUCAUAUGGGACCUGAUUCUUUUUGUGAUACUUAUAUUGCAACGUUUAGAUUUGACUAUGCUUAGAAAUGAGACACUUACAAACUUAAGUGUAGAUCAGACUUGUUUAGUUUGAUACAGCUGUAUUUUCAUCAAUUUGUAUUGAUGAUUCAUAUCCAGCUAGUAUUGAGACAGGUCUGGAAGUUGAUGAUUCAUAUCCAGCUUGUAUUGAUACCGGUCUGGAAGUUGAUGAUUCAUAUCCAGCUUGUAUUGAGACAGGUCUGGAAGUUGAUGAUUCAUAUCCAGCUUGUAUUGAUACAGGUCUGGAAGUUGAUGAUUCAUAUCCAGCUUGUAUUGAGACAGGUCUGGAAGUUGAUGAUUCAUAUCCAGCUUGUAUUGAGACAGGUCUGGAAGUUGAUGAUUCAUAUCCAGCUUGUAUUGAGACCGGUCUGGAAGUUGAUGAUUCAUAUCCAGCUUGUACUGAGACAGGUCUGGAAGUUGAUGAUUCAUAUCCAGCUUGUAUUGAUACAGGUCUGGAAGUUGAUGAUUCAUAUCCAGCUAGUAUUGAGACAGGUCUGGAAGUUGAUGAUUCAUAUCCAGCUUGUAUUGAUACAGGUCUGGAAGUUGAUGAUUCAUAUCCAGUCUAGUACUGAGACAGGUCUGGAAGUUGAUGAUUCAUAUCCAGCUUGUAUUGAUACCGGUCUGGAAGUUGAUGAUUCAUAUCCAGCUUGUAUUGAUACAGGUCUGGAAGUUGAUGAUUCAUAUCCAGCUUGUAUUUAGACAGGUCUGGAAGUUGAUGAUUCAUAUCCAGCUUGUACUGAUACCGGUCUGGAAGUUGAUGAUUCAUAUCCAGCUUGUAUUUAGACAGGUCUGGAAGUUGAUGAUUCAUAUCCAGCUUGUAUUUAGACAGGUCUGGAAGUUGAUGAUUCAUAUCCAGCUUGUAUUGAUACAGGUCUGGAAGUUGAUGAUUCAUAUCCAGUCUAGUACUGAGCCAGGUCUGGAAGUUGAUGAUUCAUAUCCAGCUUGUAUUGAUACAGGUCUGGAAGUUGAUGAUUCAUAUCCAGCUUGUAUUGAUACAGGUCUGGAAGUUGAUGAUUCAUAUCCAGUCUAGAACUGAGACAGGUCUGGAAGUUGAUGAUUCAUAUCCAGCUAGUAUUGAUACAGGUCUGGAAGUUGAUGAUUCAUAUCCAGCUUGUACUGAGACAGGUCUGGAAGUUGAUGAUUCAUAUCCAGCUAGUAUUGAUACAGGUCUGGAAGUUGAUGAUUCAUAUCCAGCUAGUACUGAGACAGGUCUGGAAGUUGAUGAUUCAUAUCCAGUCUAGUACUGAGACAGGUCUGGAAGUUGAUGAUUCAUAUCCAGUCUAGUACUGAGACAGGUCUGGAAGUUGAUGAUUCAUAUCCAGCUUGUAUUUAGACCGGUCUGGAAGUUGAUGAUUCAUAUCCAGUCUAGUACUGAGACAGGUCUGGAAGUUGAUGAUUCAUAUCCAGCUUGUAUUUAGACCGGUCUGGAAGUUGAUGAUUCAUAUCCAGCUAGUAUUGAUACAGGUCUGGAAGUUGAUGAUUCAUAUCCCGCUUGUACUGAUACAGGUCUGGAAGUUGAUGAUUCAUAUCCAGCUAGUAUUGAGACAGGUCUGGAAGUUGAUGAUUCAUAUCCAGCUUGUAUUGAUACAGGUCUGGAAGUUGAUGAUUCAUAUCCAGCUUGUAUUGAUACAGGUCUGGAAGUUGAUGAUUCAUAUCCAGUCUAGUACUGAGACAGGUCUGGAAGUUGAUGAUUCAUAUCCAGCUUGUAUUGAGACAUGUCUGGAAGUUGAUGAUUCAUAUCCAGCUUGUAUUGAUACAUGUCUGGAAGUUGAUGAUUCAUAUCCAGCUUGUAUUGAUACAGGUCUGGAAGUUGAUGAUUCAUAUCCAGUCUAGUACUGAGACAGGUCUGGAAGUUGAUGAUUCAUAUCCAGCUUGUAUUGAGACAUGUCUGGAAGUUGAUGAUUCAUAUCCAGCUUGUAUUGAUAUAGGUCUGGAAGUUGAUGAUUCAUAUCCAGCUUGUAUUGAUACAGGUCUGGAAGUUGAUGAUUCAUAUCCAGCUUGUAUUGAUACAGGUCUGGAAGUUGAUGAUUCAUAUCCAGUCCAGUACUGAGACAGGUCUGGAAGUUGAUGAUUCAUAUCCAGCUUGUAUUGAUACAGGUCUGGAAGUUGAUGAUUCAUAUCCAGCUUGUAUUGAUACCGGUCUGGAAGUUGAUGAUUCAUAUCCAGCUUGUAUUGAUACCGGUCUGGAAGUUGAUGAUUCAUAUCCAGCUUGUAUUGAUACAGGUCUGGAAGUUGAUGAUUCAUAUCCAGCUUGUAUUGAUACCGGUCUGGAAGUUGAUGAUUCAUAUCCAGCUUGUAUUUAGACAGGUCUGGAAGUUGAUGAUUCAUAUCCAGCUUGUAUUGAUAUAGGUCUGGAAGUUGAUGAUUCAUAUCCAGCUUGUAUUUAGACAGGUCUGGAAGUUGAUGAUUCAUAUCCAGCUUGUAUUGAUAUAGGUCUGGAAGUUGAUGAUUCAUAUCCAGCUUGUAUUGAUACAGGUCUGGAAGUUGAUGAUUCAUAUCCCGUCUAGUACUGAGACAGGUCUGGAAGUUGAUGAUUCAUAUCCAGCUUGUAUUGAGACCGGUCUGGAAGUUGAUGAUUCAUAUCCAGCUAGUAUUGAUACAGGUCUGGAAGUUGAUGAUUCAUAUCCAGUCUAGUACUGAGACAGGUCUGGAAGUUGAUGAUUCAUAUCCAGUCUAGUACUGAGACAGGUCUGGAAGUUGAUGAUUCAUAUCCAGUCUAGUACUGAGACAGGUCUGGAAGUUGAUGAUUCAUAUCCAGCUUGUAUUUAGACAGGUCUGGAAGUUGAUGAUUCAUAUCCAGCUUGUAUUUAGACAGGUCUGGAAGUUGAUGAUUCAUAUCCAGCUUGUAUUGAUACAGGUCUGGAAGUUGAUGAUUCAUAUCACAGGUCUACACAGUUGAGAGGAGUUAUGUGUUAAAUGUACAUUGAUGUAUGUGUAAAUCUGUUUCUUAAUAUUACCGGUUAAUUUGACAGUAUUAUAUUUAAAGUUUUGAAACAAUAUGAUACAUGCUAUCUGCAAGUAACAGCUCUUCACUGAAACCACAUUAUUAUUAAUCUCUCAGUUAUCUUUCAGCUUUCAAUUUAUCCUGUAUCUUUGAAUGUGGCAGUGAUGACAGUGUCCUCUUUGUCUUUAUAUAUUGUAUAUUUGUUAUUUUGCUGGAUUAACAUCAUCAAUGUGAACUUAUGUCAUGGUUCUUUGUGUGUGGUUAACACUUUAUUUAUGCCAAUUUUCUACACAAAGUUGAAGACCGCCUCUGUGGUUUAGUGGACAGAGUGUUUACCUGGAGAGUGGAAGGUUCAACUUGGUAGUUCGAUUCCAGACCGUGUCAUACCAAAAGACAUUAAAACAUGGUACUUGUUGUUACCCUGGCUGGCACUUGGUAUUCAGGGGAUAAAACAAAGACUGGUUGGCUCGGAGUCAGUAUAAUGUUUCUGAGUGGGGUAUCCAUGUUAAACUGUGGUAUGGUAAAUAAAUCAGCUUUCACAAUAAAACAGGCAUUAGUCCGGACUAGUACAAACACACACACAUGCACACAUAUAAUACAUGGUAACACCAGAAAUGGGCUUCACACAUUGUACCCAUGUCGGGAAUCGAACCUGGGUCUUCUGAGUAAUGAGCGAAUGCUUUAACCACUAGGCUACCUGACUGCCUCCACUCAAAAGUAGAAGAAAGUUUUAUAUUUAUUAAAGCUUUAAUGGUAAGACAUUACAGGAAGACAGUUUCACAUUCAAAUUUACCUACCGGGUAUGCCAUAUACUCCGAUUAAAACAUACAAUUAAUCAGAUACAGGUAUAAACAAUGUGAAUAUGUUAGCAACUAUUUAUAUGUUGCUGUCCUGUUAAGGUUAUACACCGGUGUUAUGGAAUAUUUCAUCAUGUGCAUAGAAUUGGAUAUGUAUACAUUUUCCUAUAUCAAUAGUAUGCAAAUAUACAUAUUCAUACACAAGCAAAAUGUGAAAUUUGAUUUCUGUGUAAUAUUUUACUCCAGUACACAGUCUGAACAAAGUCUUUCUUCAGAGUUCAUGUCUUGGUAUCUUCCAGUUUUUACAGCCAGUUUUAAGACUGCUGCAUCUAAAGAUUCUUAGAUGAAGAGACAUAGAAACUCUGAAAUAAAUUUCAAUAUCUAAAAGGGAUUUAAAAUGUUUACAAGAAUAUGAGUUUGAUAGAUUGUUAACCUUGCUGCACUAGGUUUGUUGUAGGUUGUCAAAUAGUUUGUGUAUGAACAUAGAUAUUAACAUGCUUUUAUCAUUUAUAUACUUGGAUAUCCAUUAACGCCACCACUUUGGUGCACUUAGUACACAACCUUCUUUGACAGCUUAGCUGUACUGUUGUGUUGCAAUUACAUCUUGAAAUGUGUAAGUGUAUCCAUCUUGUCUCCUUUAACAUGGCAUGUGAUGCUUUUACAAUUUUGUAUGCUAGAUAUGCAUACAAUUAAUAGCUGUGACUCAAAUGUUAUGAUAGAAUACUUAACAUUACAAUCAUGAAGAAUGUAUUAAUCAUAGAUAUUACAUAUUUAUGACUGGGAAAUAUGGUUUCACUGUCAAUGUUUAUUAUUGGUCUUGACAACAUAUAUUUGUGACGAGUUGGAAUGUCAGAGAUUUACAUGGUAUAAAUUUAAUCUAAAAAAUCUAGUUUGGCAGUACAAAAUGACAAAAGUGUAAGGAGAUGUGCUUCUCCACCAUGGAAAUCGUUGACCCAGGUGAAAUGAGAUGAGAGAUGCUAUAUGAAGGUUACCUUCAUCCUCCAAAUUCUAUAUUAAUUAAGCUGCGAUAUAACUGGAAUACUGUUAAAAGCGGUGUUAAACCAAACUCACUCACUCACUAUAUUAAUUAAAGCACCAUUUCUAUUUGUCUCAGAUUUUAGCAUCUGCAGUAAUUGUCUAACAUGAUAGAGUACCAUAAUAGAUGUAAUUCUUGACAUGUCAUUCUCUAAUUUUAACAUUUGUAAAUAAUGUUGAUAUAAUCAACUGUGGUCUACUUUUUACUUAAGGUUUUGAGAGUUGAAAUGGCUUCUCUUACAUGGCAAUCAUGAUGGUUGUUUACGGUUGGCCCUCUACAUAGCCAGAUAUGAUGUAUUAAUAUGAACAUGUGUGAAAACUAUUAUUUCUUUUGUUGAUUCUUCUUUACCCUUGAAUGACAUGUUUUGUAUAAUAUUAUAUUCCAGAAAGAUUUAGGUGAGCUACAGAGCCUUGUGGUUCUAUUUUUGAAAACACUACAUUUAUGACAAGAGGAAAAGAAAAACAAUAUGUAUGCCAGUACAGUCAUGUCCUCUUCAAUAUGUUCAUAUUCUUGACUACAUCAGUUUCAAAACAUCAUCCAGUGUCUGGCCAAGAGCACAUUUACCUACAGAUCACUGUACCUUUUCAAAUAUCAAGAUACAUGCUAGAUGACAAAUUACUUGUGCAAAUAUGUUUGAUUGCAAUAAUCCAUGUAACUUAAUAGAAAAGGUGGUAAGGCAUUUGUGUCAUGGUACCGAUGUGAAAUAUGUCAUAGUUUUUGCUAUUGGAUUUAGCAUCAUAACCAUGGAUCGGUACAUACAAUAAUUGCUUUUGUGUGUGUUUCCAACACUUUAUCUAUUAGUCAGUACAUUUAACUGGAUUCUUUCCUCAACAUUUAGCCCAUGGAGAUCAUUCAAAACCAGUGAGAGAGUCUGUUCCAGCCUGAUAAUAAUGUUUUUUAAUAUGAUGAUAAAGGAAAUGUAUACACACCAUGCUUCAAGAAAAAACAAACACCAGCAAAAAUUUGCAGGGAUUCUCCCAGGAUAUAUUUUCACAUCCAUUCACACAGGAAAUCUAAUAUGAGUUUAGAAUGUGAUUCAAAUAAUAUUUAGAACAUUUAUUUGUUUUAUCAACAAGUACAAUGUCCAAUACACAGUAUGUAUUAAUAUGGUAAUCAAUCUAUCUAGAUUUAAAUACUUCAAGAUAAUGUGAAUAAAGGUUUUUGAGACUUUGGACAGUAAUAUCAAGGUCAACUUCUAGGUAAGAGCCUGAAAAGUAAUUAAUUAGUAAUUACAUUUUUUGCUCUUAGAUUCAGGAUUAUAACAAUGGAAAGGUACAUGUGGAACAUGCUUUUGUGUGUGAACUUCCACCCCUUAUCUGUUUAUGAUUCCAUCUUAUGCAUCUGCGUGUCGUUCAUUUUAGUUUAUUACCUUUCAUCAUUGAUAUUUAAGUUGUAGCAAAAAGGACACGGUAGCUGAUCUUGUCAUUAUCAUCAAUAAACUUUUUAAAAAUAAUUAAGUCUUUUCUGUAAUGGUUGAUGGAUUCAGCUGAAAUUUUGUGUGUGUGUUGCUAUGAGAAGAGGGGUCAAGUUUGUUCAAGGCAUCAAUGUGGUUGCAAUCUUAAAUUUUUAGAAAAGGAUUGAAACAUCGUCUCCAAAACUUAAGGACUUUGUGGAUUGAAAAUUGUUGGUUGAGGUGAUCUCCAUUUCAAGUUUGUUUCUUGAAUCGUGAUCAGAGAUCAAAUGUGGCUGCCAUCAGACAUUUCACAAAAUACAGAAAAUCAGGCAUGUGUUGUUUCUGGUUUCCUGGUUGCUGUUUUGCAGAGCUCUUUGUUUCUUGUUUUGUCAAACAACAAGGUAUAUGAAAUAAGCACAACAUUAUUCAGCCCAUUGAUGUUCCUUUCAGUAUUGAAAUCAAAUAUGCUGCUCUGAAUGCUUCAUUUGUUCAACUUUGCUGAGACUUUAGAAACAUCAAUACUGAUUAGCUGAUUGGAAAGUUAACGUGAUUGAACCAAAUAUAAUGGAUCUUCCCGAAGAGAGGUACUGGUAUUUGAUUGGAGUAAAAUAUCUUGUCGACUUUCAUAAGAGUGGCCUUUCAUGUGGUACCAUUGUUUAAAUUUUGGCCUUUAUUUGAAUACUUUUCCCUUGAUGCUUCUAUUGUCUGGUUGAGGUUGUUGUGUAAUGUCGGAUGGAUGUCAGAGGCACAUGUAUUUGUUCAUCAUGUGGCUCCUUCCAAUUGUUGACUACAUGUAUACCAUUAAAUAGGGAACAUGUAAUGUGUGUUGCCUUUAUAUCAGCCUAUGCUUUGUCUCUGAAGGAAUACUUUGUGUAACACUUGCAUAUUUAGAAUAAACUUAUGGUACAUGUUAA